GGGAGCACGAAGCGGAGCGAAGUCUCGCGAGAUCGCGCGGCGGCAGCGGCAGCGGCGGCGGCGGCGGCGGCCCGGGAGGUGAGGUUCACAGUAAAGGUGCUACGAAGGAGAAUGUAAGACAGGGAAAUAAGUAUUUUUACUGAGGGUAAUGAAUACUGUGAUAGAGGCAAACAAGAGUGCAGAGGGAAUGCACAGAAUGGUGCUUAGCUUGGAGCAAUGAGAGAAGGGGGCCUCCCUGGACAAGCUGGUGUCUGAGUCUUUUCAACAGGCCACAUUUAAGAAGUGUCUCGUACUCUUUGUUGCCAGUGGUUGGAACACAAUGGAUCACAAAGGCGCAGUCGACACUGAGGAUGAAUUGGGACCUUUAGCCCAUCUUGCUCCAAGUCCUCAAAGUGAAGCCGUGGCCCAUGAAUUCCAGGAACUCUCCCUGCAGUCCAGUCAGCACUUACCUCCUCUGAACGAAAGGAAAAAUGUGCUCCAGCUGAGGCUGCAACAAAGGAGGACGAGAGAACAACUAGUGGACCAGGGCAUCAUGCCACCUCUGAAGAGCCCAGCGGCAUUCCAUGAACAGAUAAAAAGCCUGGAACGAGCCAGAACCGAAAACUUUUUGAAACACAAGAUUCGAAGUCGACCAGAUCGUUCUGAACUCGUGAGGAUGCACAUUUUAGAAGAAACAUUUGCAGAGCCAUCCCUGCAGGCCACUCAGAUGAAGUUGAAAAGAGCUCGACUAGCUGACGAUCUGAAUGAAAAGAUUGCACAAAGACCUGGUCCUAUGGAGCUGGUAGAGAAAAACAUCCUUCCUGUAGACUCCAGUGUUAAGGAAGCAAUUAUAGGCGUUGGGAAGGAGGACUAUCCCCACACUCAGGGCGAUUUCUCAUUUGAUGAAGACAGCAGUGAUGCUUUGUCUCCAGACCAGCCCGCGAGCCAGGAGUCGCAGGGGUCAGCUGCAUCCCCAAGUGAGCCAAAAGUUAGUGAAACGCCAUCUCCUGUGACUACAAACACUCCGGCCCAGUUUACUUCAGUGUCCCCAGCAGUUCCUGAAUUCUUGAAAACUCCUCCAACUGCGGAUCAGCCUCCCACAAGGUCCACAGCUCCUGUCCUCCCCACAAACACUACAUCCUCAACAAAGCCUGGCCCAGCACUGGUAAAGCAAAGCCAUCCCAAGAAUCCGAACGACAAACACCGUAGCAAAAAGUGCAAAGAUCCCAAACCACGGGUAAAGAAAUUAAAGUACCACCAAUACAUUCCACCGGAUCAGAAGGGAGAAAAGAACGAGCCGCAGAUGGACUCCAACUAUGCUCGUCUGCUCCAGCAGCAGCAACUGUUCCUGCAGCUGCAGAUCCUGAGCCAGCAGCGGCAGCACUACACCUACCAGACCAUCCUGCCUGCACCAUUCAAGCCACUCAAUGACAAAAAUAACAACAGUGGGAAUUCAGCUUCAAACAAUAACACACCCAACACACCAAGACAGAACACAUCUGCUCCUAUGAGAAAGCCAGGACCUCUGCCUUCUAGCUUGGAUGACCUAAAGGUAUCAGAACUGAAGACAGAAUUGAAGUUAAGGGGUCUACCAGUGUCGGGCACCAAACCAGACCUCAUUGAACGCCUGAAACCCUACCAGGAAGUGAACAGCAGUGGCCUUGCUGCAGGUAGUAUCGUCACAGUGUCUUCGUCGACCAUCAUCAACAGUAACCCAGAAGUCACCGUGGCCUUGCCAGUUACAACACUACACAACGCUGUGACCAGCUCAGUCUCCACUUUCAAGGCAGAAAUGCCAUCUGCUGGAACCCCCAACGUAGCCCAUGUGGAAAAUGUCCAUUCCCCUCUGCCAAUCUCACCAUCUCCCUCCGAACAGUCCAGUCUCAGUACCGAUGACACAAACAUGGCAGACACUUUCACCGAGAUUAUGACCAUGAUGUCUCCUUCACAGUUCUUAUGCUCAUCUCCUUUGAGGGUGGCAAGUAAUGAAGACAGCCUGAGUCCCACCAGCAGCACUCUGUCAAAUCUGGAACUGGAUGCGGCUGAGAAGGAUCGCAAGCUUCAGGAGAAAGAGAAGCAGAUCGAAGAGCUAAAGAGGAAACUGGAACAAGAGCAGAAACUCGUGGAAGUUCUAAAAAUGCAACUUGAGGUUGAAAAACGAGGGCAGCAGCAGCAGCGGCCACUGGAACCCCAGCCCAGUGCCCCGGCUCAUUCUGUCAUCAAGUCAGACCAGAAACAUGGAGGCACUGGUUCCUCCAUCAAAGACGAGGCCGCACUCCCUGACUGCUCCAGCUCCAGGCAGCCCAUCCCGGUAGCCAGCCACUCUGCAAGCCAGCCUCUUCCUACAGGGGGUCAGACCCUUGUUGCCAAAAAGGCUGUCGUUAUCAAGCAAGAGGUCCCCGUGGCCCAGGCAGAGCAGCAGACCGUCGUCUCGCAAUUUUAUGUGAGUUCCCAGGGACAGCCGCCACCUGCCAUUGUCGCUCAGCCCCAGGCUUUACUGACCACGCAAACUGCUCAGCUGCUGCUCCCAGUGUCCAUCCAGGGCUCGAAUGUCACCUCAGUGCAACUCCCAGUAGGCAGCGUCAAACUCCAGACUCCCCCACAAGCAGGAAUCCAGACUCAGCCUCAGAUAGCAACUGCUGCGCAAAUGUCAACUGCUGCUCUGUCCUCAGGCUUGGCCCCAACCAUACCUCAGAAACAAGACACCUUCACACAGCAGGUGCUCAGCCAGCCUCAACAGGUCCGAAAGGUUUUCACAAACUCAGCAUCAAAUACUGUUCUUCCCUAUCAGAGACAACCUGCUCCAGCGGUCCAGCAGCCCUUUCUUAACAAGACUUCCAACAGCGUUCUUCAACCCAGAAAUGCUCCACUUCCACCCAUGCAAAAUGGCCCAAACACUCCCAAUAAGCCUAGUUCUCCCUCUCCUCCCCAACAAUUUGUUGUUCAGCACUCUCUGUUUGGGAGCCCAGUCACCAAGACAAAAGACCCACCCCGCUACGAGGAGGCCAUCAAGCAGACACGCAGCGCACAGUCCUCCCUUUCAGAGAUUUCCAAUGCACACAGUCAGCAGAUGGAUGACCUCUUUGAUAUCCUCAUUAAGAGUGGAGAGAUUUCCCUCCCUAUAAAAGAAGAGCCUUCUCCUAUUUCCAAAAUGAGACCAGUGACAGCCAGCAUCACCACAAUGCCAGUCAAUACAGUGGUGUCCCGGCCACCACCCCAAGUCCAAAUGGCACCACCUAUAUCUUUAGAACCUAUGAGCAGUUUAUCUGCCAGCUUAGAGAACCAACUAGAAGCUUUCUUGGAUGGAACUUUACCUUCAGCCAAUGAAAUUGCUCCACUACAAAGCAGCAGUGAAGACAGAGAGUCCUUCUCUCUGAUCGAGGAUCUCCAGAAUGAUCUGCUGAGUCACUCAAGCAUGCUGGACCAUUCACACUCGCCCAUGGAAACUUCUGAGGCGCAGUUUGCUGCAGGUACUCCCUGUCUGUCUCUUGACCUUUCAGACUCAAACUUGGACAACAUGGAGUGGUUAGACAUCACCAUGCCCAACACGUCUUCAGGCCUCACUCCUCUCAGCGCCACUGCACCAAGCAUGUUUUCUGCUGACUUUCUUGACCCUCAAGACCUGCCGCUGCCAUGGGACUAAUGUCACAGAUUUCUUGUCUCAGCGUUCAUAAGGUGUAAGAACAUGAAGAAGAUUCUAAAAGGUCAGUUUUUAGAGUUAAAUCCAUAGUUGCAUUGUUGCAAUUAAAAUGUGUUGUCACAGAAAGAAUGGAUAGAAGGUCAUAGCCUGAAAACCAAGUUUAAAACAUCUCAUUGCAUUCAGCAGUGAAUUUCUACAACUUACUAUAUAGCACAGGGCCCUCUGAAAAAUACACCUGUCAAAGAAGACUCAUCUAUUUCUCCAAACUUCAGUAACGAAUGAAAAGUACCUUUACAUAAAAACAUAAAGAAGAGUAGUGUAUGCAGGAAAAUGACAUUAAUAUUCUCUGAUAAUCAACUACAUUUAAACUCUGUGGUCACUUUAAGACCCUAAAUAAAAGGCAGACAGCUUCACUCAAAAAUAAGGCUGAUGUGAGGGAGGUGAGAGGUCACUGCAGUUGGUACUUCCUAGAGACGGCCCAAGCCAGGCCAAGACACAAUCAGGGUAGAGGCAGUGGCAAGCCCUGGCCAGUUCAGUGACAGCUUCCAGCUGAAGACUUUUGGUUCCAUUCAGAAACCAAUGUAAUUUUUUGUGUUGUAGUUUAUUUUGUGAUUUUUGCAAUCUUACUUUAGAUUUCCAAACUUAAGUGGAAGAUCUUUCACCGCAACUAGAAAAUGUCUACAAAAUACUGUCAUAAACAAUCCACUGGAAAAAUUCCAGGUAUAUUGAUAACACUGAAAAUUCUAUUGGCAACCCUCUGGGUUGAUUAGAUUGAUUUUAAUGUGUAUAUUAGACAUUUGUGUAUACACUCUGACAUUGUGAUUUGUACAGCCUACCUUGGGGUAAGGAAAUGGGUAUCCAAUGGUCCUACUUCUUUUAAUAACUCAAAUAUUUCUAGAGUACUUGAGCCACUUAUAUUUCUGUAUUUAAAGAAUUGCUGACUAACUUUCAGGUUAUCAGACCCAUCUCAAAGAACCAAGAAAAGGCUUUAGCAUGAAAUAUCUUUCUGAGCUGGUGAGUUCGAAAAAUGGAAGGGGAAAGUCUGUCAUCAACCCAGGACAUCCCCACGAUGGGUACAGGUUAGCCUGGCCACGAGGGUGGCCACUGGAUCCCAGCUCCGGUAGUCUUUGUUGCUAAUCCCUGGUUAUCGUUUUACAGGCUUGUAACUGGAUGUCCUACCGAGCUCUUGCUAUAUUGUCAAACCUAAGAUGAAAAAACUGGAGGUUUUAGUAUUUUUAUAUAGAAAAAAAGUUAUUACCUAUUUGUUGAGUAGUUUAUUACAAAUUUUCUAAAAUGCCAACCAUCACAGGAUUUCCAAAAUUAUUUCAAGCUGGUCAUUUAAAUAUAUGACAAACUGUAAAUAACUGAAAAAAAAAAAAAAAAAAAACGCCUGUACUCUACCAAAAGAGUGUGGAGGCUUUCAUUAAACAUUAAUAUUGUGCUCUCCACGUCACCCUGUGUAAACCCCUACGGUCAAGUUGAUUUCUCUGGGUCAUUCAAUGGUGGCCAUUCCAUAGUGACAUGCAAGAGGCAACCCAACCCAUAUUUGGAAAGAAUUUGUGAAUCACUUCUGGGUUUGUGUUUUGCCUAAGAGCUGAUCUUAUUUCAGUUUUUUUUUUUUUUUUCUUUUUGGUUUAUAAAUCUUACUACAUGUGAGAAAAGUCCACUUUUCCAGCACUAGCACACUGGAGCCCUCUGUCAACUGGCACUUCCUAACUUGAAGGCACUGACAGUGCUGACAGUUCAAGGCAGAGCCCAUGUGCUCCAUGUAAUCUGUGGUGAAUAGUUUAACUGUUUAGAAACUGGUCAUCCAUAGCAUGGGAUACAGUAACUCUGUUAACCAGAACACUAUCACCUGACCAAGCCCAGCAAGAGUUUACCAUACUGGGUGUGAUGUGAAUCCUCAAGUCAGUUCCAAUGAAAGGAGCCCAUCUCCAGGGCCGGGCUGUUUACUUGGGAAGGUACUGUUCUUAUGGGAGGUCUUGGCCAUGGGUUUUUGCUGAGAGUUUUUGUCCGGAGUUUAUUAGGUCCAGACUUAGACUGAGUGUCUUCAUUCAGAUUUGAAUGGCCUAUUAAAAUUUAGCACCAAAUAUCAGUGGGACUGUAGGAGGCAACCGAACACCUAGUGCUGUUAACUCUUGUUGAAUAACUCUAUUUCCAUAAUCCUGAGUUGUGUACAUAGAUAGUUUUCUAGCUCUUGGGUCUCUAUUGUUUUCUAAAUAGGGUUUGAAACAUGCCACAGGAAGGUUGCUCUCCAAAAAUACAUAAUGUUGUGCAAAGAACACUAUCUCAUUAGCCUGCUGUCUUUUGACUCUGAAUUGCUAAAGUGCUCAUUUCACAUAUAUGUUCAAACUUCUAUAUAUCAGUAUUUUAUUUUUAAAAAGGCAAGGAGUCUCUAGCUGUUACCUCUACAAGCCAUCCCACUUGCACCAUUCCGCUUGGCCCCCCCUCUCCUGGCCCAAGUAGCCAGCCAGGCCCCUGUGACAAGAGUGCUGCUCUCCAGGAUCUCAGCUACAUGCUCCAGGUUAGUGAGCACAUGAUCAGUGUGCACACACGCACACGACAUGACCAAAGACAGUACCCUGUAUCAAGGCCCCUUUGACCUAACUCAGUGUAUGUGACGGUAAGUGCAAUGGGAAAGGGUGUAUGUUUACUAAAGAUGACUUGUUGUUUAAGGUUAAUUUCACAACCAUUUAAGUAUAGGUCAAGAGAGCCAGCUGGUUUUUCAAUAUGCAUGUGUAUAGUUUAGCAGUGGUACUGUUGUAUAUCAUAUUGCCAAGAAAAUAACUCAUAGAACCGUGUUAUCUCAUAACCCAGUCUUAUUUCCCUACACAGUCUCAAAACACAGUAGUAUCAACCUUACCUUUCUACUGUAUAUAGGUACCAGAUCAUCUUAUUGGGGGUGGGAUGAAUAAAAAAAGUUAUACCAAAGCUUCUAUAAAGUCUUUGGAAGUCUAGAGGUAUGUGGUCAGCUUGUACAUUUCAGCAAAGCAUCUACUAGGAAACCUCUUAGGACAGUGUUAGUUAUUCUAGUGUUUUUCCUGAAAUGUGCAAUCUACUGUAUAGUAUUUGCCACAUAUUUGUACAUAAGUGUAUUCUGAAUUGGUGGAAUUUCUUGCUUAACAUACUAUUUGUGUUUGUUUCAUAUGACUAUUUUUGUAAUACUCCAGAGAUCUUAUUUAAAUUUCCUUUUUAAAAACUGCAUGGUUCUGGGAUCCAUGUAACUGACACUCUGGUUUGUCAGUGCUGUUUAGGAACAGUGACAAAGGCAGUCUGCUGUUGCCUCCCAGCUGCUGCCUGUGGAAGGCAAAGUCUUGGUAGUAGGACAGCACCACUGACCUGUGUGGUCAGUGGACACCAAGUGAUGUAUCAGGAAUGUGUUACCCAUCUUGUCACCAAGCUGACUCAGGCUUCCUUUACCCUCAACCCCAGAUCAUUCCAGGCAAUGUAGCUUUCUUUAGAGUCCUUUCAGAACUCCCAGGCAGAAAACAGACACACAGCUGACACCACAGCUGUCCCCACAGGUGAUGGGACAGUCCUUUUACUGUCCUCAGACAGACUUGGUCUUAGAGAAGUGGUAAAGCACUUUAGCAGGGCUGAAACUAUUUGCGAGAAGCCCACACUUCAUUAUACAGCCUCGUGCCGUUUCCAUGGGCCCACAUGGUAGCUAGCCUCACAUUAGUACCUGGCUGUUAGUCGGGUGGGGAGAUCAUGGCACCACUGGGGACUUUUUAGAAAAAUUUUAAAAGAAUAGCCAUUUGGUGUCCACCAGCAGAGCAACACAGGUCAGUUUAGCCAAAUUCACCAUAACUCUCCAUUUUCCACUGUCCAUCACUGUAAAUAUGAAAGCUGAAUACUGGCAACAAAGAAUACCAAAUACAAAUUGUCCCACUGUCCUGGAGGCUACAAAAGUAGCGCAAAGUUAUCAAAGAACAUUAACUGGAAGGUCAGGUUUAAUCAAGGAACACAGCUUAUAAGUGCACAGAUGUGUAUUUGGAGAGCAUCCUAACUGCAUUUCAGUUAAUCUUUUAAAUGGUUUCAGUCAGAACUGGAAAAUAACAAUUAAGAUGUAGUCAUUAUUUUUCCUGGUUCAAACCUUCAUUAACUUGCUCGUUCAACAGUCUUUCUGGGCUACGUUUUUAUUGGUAAAGUGACUCUGUCUGCAUGACAACAAGCAGGUCCACAUUUGUUCCCCAUUCACCCACCCCUUCUUGCAGUAUCUGAGGAAAUGCGAAGAGUUUCUCCCUGAAAUCUUUCAUUUAAGGCCUGUAAUUCAAAAAGCUGCACAUGUUUACACAACAGCUCUUAUCCUCCACCCUAACACAUUGCUCUGUGAAUCACUUGUUGGAAAAUGUCACAAUUUUGUGACAACAGGAUAGCAAUCUCAGAUCUACAAGGUGCUAUCUAAAAUCAAAUCAAAUGUUAUUGGAGAUAUCAACACAACUAUAGUGUUUAACAGAGCUUUAUGCCAACUACUAAGACAAAGCUUUUACAAAGUUUAUAGAAUCAUCGAAACUCAUAACAAUUACCUCUCUACAUUAUGCUGUAAGGAAUCUUGCUAAUUUGGUAGGAAGAGGAAGCAUUUACGAAAGGGUUUAUAGUAGCUACCAAAAGUACUUGACCUCAAGUAACCAAUAGUAAUGCAAAACUUGCUUUAAAGGAACCAAAGGCAUUGCCAAGUAUUUGCCAAAUGGAGGCACUUUUUAUUUAAAAUUUGAGACUAAUGAGAUCUCAAAAGUCAGUCCCAAAAAAGGUAUUAUACAUUUAAGGUUAUAAUUUUCACAGAGAUGUAGAUAUUUCUCCGUUGUUUUCAUGUAAAAUAGUAUAGAAUUGUUUUGUUGGUUUAAGAAUAACACAUACUCAGUAGUAAUACAAAGUUUUUUCCUUUCUACGUAGAAAUUAGUUUUUUCUUGCUUGCAAUAGAAAUGCAACGUGAUCGGUGUUUCUCUUCUUAUUUUCAUUGUCACAUUAUGUCUUAGCAUCUCACUUUAUGAAAAAAAGGAGAAAGAUACCAAUCUACAGAGCCCUGCUUGUUGAAGCACUAGUUUAAUAAUAAAAAGAAUUAUGGCAAUCGGGGGUCCAUUCAUGUAAUGCCUUUAUGUUGUUUUUUUUUUAAAGAAAAACCAUGAUGCCUUUGUAUUUGCUGUUUGCACCCCUGAAAUCAAUUCCGUAUCAUGUUUGAAUGCCAUACAUUUUGCACAUGUACUGUACAUAGGUGAUGCAUACUGUAUUUUUAUAUGUGUGCACAUUUAUCAUCAGAUCUUUUGUACAUAGUGGCAGUAUAGUAGCUGAUCGGGAAAUGUUUGAUAUCUCAGCAAUUUUGCAAUUUUGUGUCUCAAAUAAAAAACAUUUUGAUGUA